AAUCAAAGUCAAAUUUUGUUGAUCCGGAAAAUUCAAUCAACAUGUUGCUUGGGGUCGUGAAUCCAGGAAGACCAUGGCACCGGCUCAACAAGAUACUGUCAUCGGCCGCCCGCGAGUGCAGCAGCAAUCCUUGUGCCCCGGAGUGUCCCCCAUGCCCGCCGUGCCCCCCGUGCCCCCCCUACUGCCCCCCCUGCUGCAUGCCGCCGCCGCAGUCCCCACCUUUCUACUCGUGCCCUAGAACCAAAUUCGACGUGAAGUUUAUUUACGUACAUGAUAAGCCCCCAAAUACGACAAUGAGGGAUUUCUUCGAUCGUGCUUCGCAGAUAUUCUUUUGGACAGAAUUGAUCAGAGGGUUCGCGGUCACGCUGGCGCAUAUAUUCAAAGAGCCGGCUACAAUAAACUAUCCGUUCGAGAAAGGCCCGCUCUCGCCUCGGUUCAGAGGUGAGCAUGCAUUACGGCGAUAUCCUUCGGGCGAGGAGCGGUGCAUCGCUUGUAAGCUUUGUGAAGCCAUUUGUCCCGCGCAAGCCAUCACGAUCGACGCGGAGGAGCGGGCGGACGGCAGCCGGCGGGCGACGCGCUAUGAUAUCGACUUAACCAAGUGCAUAUUUUGCGGAUACUGCCAGGAGGCCUGUCCAGUCGACGCGAUAGUUGAAGGGCCAAACUUUGAGUACUCGACGGAAACUCACGAAGAACUUCUGUACAACAAAGAAAGGUUACUCACGAACGGCGAUCGUUGGGAGCCUGAAAUCGCGAGCAAUAUCAAGGAUAAUCACUUGUAUCGUUAGACCGUUAGACUCCUAUUAUUGGAUAUGGGCACUAUUUCUGUGCCUGCAGAUAAUGACCACUCAUUAUUUUUGUUAUUCAAUAAUUUCGUACAUGUAGAGAUGAAGCGAAUCGAUCCCGAUAUCUACUGCAUGUCUAGAGUCACUAUUCAAUUUAAAUAUUAACUCAUCCUAACUCACGGAUCAAACAAGAAACUUUCUUUUCAAACUUGAUCGUGUCAAAAGGUAAUAAUUUAUUUCAAGUAGCCUUGAAAUAAAUUAGGUUUUGCGCAGGUCGUUUGCUUUUUUCAAUCAUGUAUUUGAAUAGAAAGACCGUGGCUGAAUUUGGUUCGGUCGUUUCGUAUAUACAGAGUGUCCCGUAAAGUGCGAAUAUGUCGUAAUAGAGGUGAUCGCGGAGCAAUUUGAAUAACUCAAUUCGAUCUCCAUGAAAAUAUUGGUUACCUACCUAUAUCAUAUUUUAAAUCGAAAUCGGAAAAGUGUACCUACCUAACUUUUUAGUGCUUCUCCCUAUAUCUGUAAGUUCGAAUUCACUCCUUAUUUAUACGCCAAAUAACAUCAUAAUAUUGCAGUACCUUUUUAAUCUUUAUUAUAAAUUGUGAUAUGAAUGGCACCCAAGAUUUAUAUUUACGGGACAGCCUGUAGAAGGGAAUAUCUUUGAUUCCGUCUCAAAUUCAUUUAGGUCGUAUAAGGAAAUUAUUAUUGCUCAAUUUCCAUUUUGAUCAUUAAGUGGGUAAUUACUUAAAGUUAAAUAAUAAUAGUAAUUGCUCAAAAUUAAAGGUCUAUUUCACUUGGACACCAAUGCGAUAUCACAAUUGUGUGAUUUAUUUAGUUGGUGGCUUUUUUAUCACCUAUGGCCAUUAUUAAAGGCUCUCGAAAGUUUUUAAAUUAUAUUUCACUUUAAAAGCGGAUGAUCAUCAGCCAAAUAGUAAUUACCUAGGAGUUCAAAGUAGAAUAAACCAAAUGAAAUAUACUUUUUCAGGACUAAUAAAAGUUUCAAGUGGUUCACUAAACUAACAAUUUCAUUUUUAUUGCUCGGUUGGAGUUUUACAUAAAACCUUUAAUGAUUUAAUACGAAUUUCAAAUAAGUUCGUAAUCGGCAAAAAGGUAAAUUAAAGUACAAGCUCUUGUAUGUAUUUAACCUAAAACCAUUUAUAAAAUCGAAAUGUAAUCAUGAGCGUCUUCUGAGAUAUUGUUUAAGUUUCUUGUUAGGUUACUUUUAUUGACUUGUUAAUAAUUUGAUUAAUUCAAGAGACUACGUAUGAAUAAAUUAAUAUAAAUUUCACCGUCUGGUUAUGUAAUAUGU